AAAUAUGAACGCGUCUAUAAAUCCACCAAUGAAAUGUAUUGAAGCGAUAUCGUUAUUUAAAAAAAAUAACGCUAGCCAACCGCAGCUCUGUAUUCAUCGCACCGGUUAAAUAUUGCGCUGUGAUUGGCCGCACACUUGAACAGGUGCUAUGCGUCAUCCGCCAUAACGUACGUGAGUCGUGAAAGUGUGCUUUGUUUAGAAUAUUGUUAAAUCCAGUGUCGUGUAAGUUAUUAAUUAAAGUUACAGUGUUAUUAAAGUGUAAAGUGUUAUAUAUGUGUUAGUAAUCAUGACCGAGUGGUACAGAAUGAAUACGGGAUUGAACAAGCAUAAUUCUACGGAACUGUCGGAAGAAAUGUCAGAUUCUUUCAAGGCGUUUUCAGAAAAUCUAAGUCCUAUCCCGCCAGUGUUCCCAAGGAAGCUGGAUUUUAGUUAUCCUGACGAUGAAGAGAAAGUGGGAUCUCCAGCACCAUCAUCUAUGAGUCCACCAUACAGAAAAGUUCGAGCUUUGAGGUUGUUCGACAGUCCCCGGACGCCGAAGACGCUUCUGGAAAAAUGUUCGACUCCGUCGCACAACACUUCGAGGUCGCGACUGUUUCCUCCCAAAAUCAAUCUACCUACAGGCAUUACUACAGGCUCCAGUCACCACCUGCACCCGCCAGACGAGGACAGUGCACUCGGCAGCAUGCAUGAGGACCUUAAACCCGUGGCUAACAUCAACCCAUUUACUCCUGAUGGUCAGGCACUGAAUAAGAAGAAGCGGGCGCUGUCCAAAACUCCGACGUCAAUGGGAGAUGCCACGCCAGAGCAGCCUGCUAAAAGAUUGAGGGAGUCCAACAUAUCCCGCUAUAACAUCGAGUUCAUCGAGCUUGGCGUGAUCGGCCGCGGCGAGUUUGGACGAGUCACGCGCUGCGUCAACAAGCUGGACGGAUGCGUGUACGCACUCAAGAGAUCUUUGAGGCCUGUGGCGGGCUCUGCGCAGGAAAGGGCCGCCUUGACUGAAGUGUACGCACAUGCUGUGUUAGGGAAACAUCCUAGAGUUGUCAGAUACUACUCAGCAUGGGCAGAGGACGACCAUAUGAUCAUCCAGAACGAAUACUGCUCCGGAGGCAGCCUUCAGCAGAUGAUGGAGAACGGACCGCUGCCAGAGAGCGAACUAUUACUAUUGCUUGCCCAUGUCGCUGAUGGUUUAGCUUACAUCCAUUCAUUAGAACUGGUACACAUGGACGUGAAGCCUGGUAACAUCUUCGUGUGCAGCCGAGAAGGUGAACCCGCGGCAGACUCUGACGAUGAUGACUAUCAUACCAACACACACAUAUACAAGAUUGGUGACCUAGGUCACGUGACGUGCGUGUCAUCCCCGCGCGUAGAGGAGGGAGAUUGUCGCUAUCUCACUCGCGAGAUCAUUCAGGAGGACCUCACGCAUCUCACCAAGUCGGACAUAUUCGCUUUUGGCCUAACGCUAUUCGAGGCGGCGGGUGGCGGGCCGCUGCCCAAGAACGGCCCCGCGUGGCACGCGCUGCGCGACGGGCUGCUGCCCGACCUGCCCGGCCUCUCCAGGGAGCUGCACCAACUCAUACAGAAAAUGAUCGACCCGGACCCGAACCAGCGGCCGUCGGCCAGCCGCCUGCGCAAGCACCCGCUGCUGCACCCGGCCGGCAACAAGAGCAAGACCCAGCUCACCAGGGAGCUGGCGGCAGCUAAACUGAAGAACGAGCUGCUUACUAAAAAACUAGACGAAUAUGAGAGAUGUCUAAAAUCCCUCACGCCGGGCCGCCUAGUAACGCAGGACUCUGCCAAGUUCCGAACGCGCUCAGCCAAACGCAUGCAAAAACCGAGGGACCAUCUCGACGCCAUGCAAAACAUCAACUCGCCCAUACACCGCUUGGACAGGCGGACGGACAGACGGAAAAAGGUAGAGAUAAGUUUAGUGACAGAUAAAAACUCUAUUUCUUGGAGAUAAAGUUUAUAAUGGUACUGUAUCUCCCGCCUCGAAUGAUGGUCAGUAUUAUUCAUUGUAUAUGGAGAAUCUGUAUCGAGACAUGUUUUGGAAGUUUAGCUCAUUAAUUUAUUUAGAAAUUCACAUCUAAGUAAUGAAAAUGCCGUAAAAAUAUAUUUCUUCAAUCACUUUUUUAAUCAAGCCGCAUCCAAAUAACACUAGCAUAUUGUUGUGUUCCUGCCGGUGAGUAAGGUUGCCAGAGCUCAACGAGGGUGCGGGCGGGGUGUUAAGCUCGGCAACGCGCAUGUAACUCCUCUGGACUUGCAGGCGUACAUAGGCUUCCGAGACUGCUUACCAUCAGGCGGACCGUAUGCUCGUUUGCCACCGACGUAGUAUAGGAACUUCCAUAGACUAUCAUUUGACGCGAGGGAUAUCUAAGAAAAUUUACAAGUUUGACAGAAAAUAGCGCUGCACAGUACAUUAGAAUCAAAAAUUCGUCUUAAAUUUAAAAAAUAUAUUGAAAACAUAAUUUUUACUACAACAUAUUACGAACUAAGAAAGAUUGGAUACAAUAUAAUAGAAAAUUUUGAUUUUAACUAAAAUUUGCCUUAAUUCUGAAUGGAAUUGACAUAUGUAAAAAUAGGGUAAACUAAUCAAUAAUUGGCACUCAAAACCUGUCACUGUUUUGUAGGAGUUUCACCACUACUGCCUUAAAAUAAGGCGGAAAGUGCCACCCAUGGGUGGGGUGCCAUCGAUUAGAUAGUUUAUUCCACUUGGGAUAUAAUUUGUCUUAGUCUAUUUCCUUGACAUGAAAAGUGCUAUCGAUAGAUAGUAAAAUUUCCGCCAUACAAAUUGGAAACCUAUUCAUAUGACUCAGUUUUAACCAAUGUUUAUGAAUAUUAAAUAAAAUUAUAUCUGAUGCAGCAAGUACAUAUCCACUAGUAUCUUAUUACGAGUUGCCUCGCGAGGAAAUGGUCGCGCGAAGCAGCUCGGUCUGUCUAGACGUGCCUCGCGCGAGGCAUUGUGGCCGUAAGUGUGUUUGUCUCGCCCUAGGUACGUCUACACACCUUGAACUACUUCGCGCGGCAAUUCUUCGCGAGGCGACUUGUUCUAUUUGAGGGUCCACACACCCUAUAAAAAAAUAGUGCCCUUAAUCAAAAUUAACUACAAUAACAUGUGAUUACGAAACAAAGCUAUCACUCAAAAAAAUCAAAUCCAUAAACCUUGAUUUAGAACCUACUUCUGUAUUAUUUUUAAUCCUAAAAAAAAUAUGUAUAGAUAACUCUGCAGAACUUAAAAAAAAAAGUUAUUUUAAAAACCCAUCUGUCUACUAUUGGCCAAAAAUGCCAAAUUUUCCUCCCAGGUUCUAGUGGAUAUGUACAACAUACAUACCUCUAUAGUGCGGUUUUUAGCAUUACAAAAUAGUACAUUACGAUACAAGUGCGAAAAAUAGGAAAUUCGAAACGAGUGGCGAUAAAUUAAAACACGACCGAAGGGAGUGUUUUAAAUCGACACGAGUUGCGAAUUACCUAUUCGCACAUGUAUCGUACAACGUUUUACAGUACAUAUGGCCCUUUAAAUGUUCGACACAGUAACAUAAUAUGCUACUUCUCGCACUAGUGCUAUAAAGUAGCCCCAUAUGUACUGUAAAAGAUUAUUUUAUAGUAAAGACUUUUUUUUAAAUCAGUAACUAAUACUUAUGAAAGUAAAAGAAUAUAAAUGAUCGUAUAUGACUUAUGUUUGUUACAUAUUUGCUAUGACUUAUUUUUGUGUUUAAAAGUGUUUUUCAAUAAAUAGACACGUUAAAAUCGCUUACCUUCUUUCUAAUGCAAAAAAACGAACUAUAGGGCAGUAAAGAAAGAAUUGUCUCAGAUGACAUGUAAACGUGUGAUCUGAGACUUCCUUAUUUACUGACCGAGGCGUGUACUUUACUCGUAUUUUUCAGCCCAACGGAGCCGGAAAGCGGAAACUUUUGACGCUCUCCGGCUAGAGGGCAGAAAAAUAUUUUUAAAGUUCUCAAAAAUAUUACUUAUUAAUAUAAAUACUUGAAUAGCACAACUAUACAAAAGUCGGAAUCGCAAAUGCUGCUGAGUUUGAGUUUCCUCACCUUAACCUUUUGAACGCCACGCCUAUCGUACGCAACGCGUAAUCGUGAACCUUGUCGGUAUACAUGAAGGUUGAUAUUGGGCUGUAGCCGCGCACGUCAUAUGACGUCUUUGGCGGUCAAGAGGUUAAAUGCGUGUGGAAAUAGGCGGGUCCACACAGAUCGAGCAUACGCGCGAGGCAAUUUCCUCGCGCACAAAACGGCCAGUGUAGACGUGCCUCGGCCGAGGCGGCGAGCGCGUUUUCCUCGGCCGAGGCGCGUCUAUACUGGCAGUUUUGUGCGCGAGGAGAUUGCCUCGCGGGUAUGCUCGCUCUGUGUGGACCCGCCUAAUGAAUAUUGGUAAUAACUUUGUUUUGACUUAUUGUUUGCUGUAGUUGCUUCCAAUUACAGUAAAAUGUCAGUCAUGUUAUCGAAAAAAUGACUAUAUAGUCAAUUUUGUCCUCAGUGACUAUAUAUGGGUAUAGUAUAUAUGGGCUUUCCAUAUUAAGGUAACGCGAGUCACGUUUUUAUUGUUUUUUUUUUUAAAUAAUAUUAUUAAUGAUGCAAAUUAAAGUAUCAUCUAGGUAUAAAAGUAACACUAAAAUUUCGAAACACGGUACAAAGCUUAUACCAUGGGUACAGUCCAGUGUAAAAAUAUGGGUGUACACAUCUUACUCAAAAAUAUAGUCCCAUAGCAUCUUAUUCCAGUGUAAUAAGACCGUAGUACCAUAUUUCUGAGACGAUUCUCUCGAUACAUAUUUUUGCAGCUGACUGUACUAGGCGACGAUAUAUAGAUACAUAGAUAACAUCCAUAACUCAGGAACAAACACGCAAAUAAGUGCCCUUACCGGAAUUCGAACCUGGGACUUCCUUUGUAGUAAAGAAAAUUUGAAAUAGAGGUGGAUUGUCAAAGACAACUUUGUAGUCACAGUAAAUUUACUGCCAUCUUUCGACGAUUAAAACUUGACUUUGAUCCUAAUUCUGUCACCGAUAUGUGUUAAAUAUGUUAAAAUCAAAAAGUGGCGCCAUCUAAUAGAUCAAAGGCCAAAGGUAUCGAGCGAUGGUGCCACAACCUUUAGCCGAUGCCCUGAUAAGAUGGCGCUACUUUUUGAUAUUUAACAAAUUAACCCUUUGACCGCCACCGUCGGCUAUGGCCGAUAUCUGAAAGACUUGCCAAGGACGCCAACGAUGGCUACAGCCGACAGUUUCGCCAAUGCAAUAAGGACUAACGCGGGACUCCGUAAAGUUCAAUUUGGCUUAAAUAUUCUUGAUCGCCUGCGUCCGGGGCACGGCAUGUUCCUUCGCCGUCUGGCGUUCAAAAGGUUAAACACAUAUCAGUGAAAGAAUAAGGAUCAAAGUCGAAUGGCGUUCUAAAAGUUGUAAUCGUGUGUCGAAAGAUGGCAGUAAAUUUACUGUGGCUACAAAGUUUUCUUUGACAAUCGACCUCUAUUUCAAAUUCUCUUUGUUUUGAGGUAGUACAACCGACUAAGCUGGUAGCCCGUUAAAAGUGACUCGCGUUACUUUUAUAUUGUUUUGUCAUAAUAAUAGUGACGAUGUGAGAAUAACAGAAUAAAGUGCCUUAUGAUGGUUCGGCUGAAAAAUCAACCGGUCAAAUUCUACUCGACGUAUAUAUACGUCAGCUCACAUGUUCGCAUCAUGUUGCGUGCGAGAUCGAGUAUCCGUCUGUUUCUAAUCAAUACAGUUAGAUAAAGAUAGAUCUUGCGAGCGACUUGUUUUAAUGUGUGCGAAUUUAUAGCACAUAAAUCCGUUAAUUUUUUAACCUAAGUUUUUUUCUCAAGUCGCUUCGUUGAUUAGACUACGAAUAGUGAUCAAAAACGUGCCCUUCGAACGAAUUUAAGAUAUAUAUUAAAUUUAUAAUUAAAUAAAAAAGUAUCCUAACUAAUCUUCCAUAUUCUUCAAUGUGAUAUUUAUAAUUUCGAUUUAAUUAAUAUAGGUCUUGUUAGAUUUAAGUCAUUUUAAGGGCGCGGAGUGGACGCACUCGACGCCGCCCGAUCACAACGAGCCCGUGUGACGUCGGGUGGUCGGUCGGUCGGUCGGUCGGUCGGUCGUUUGGUCGGUCGGUUGGUCGGUCGGUCAAUCGGUUAGUCGGUCGGUCGGUCGACAGCGCCGCGCGCGUCCAGUCUGCGCUAUACUCUAAUCAAAGAGGCAACGGACAAAGAUCUCUAUCCGUCGAGUUUUGUUGUAAAAUACGAUGGACUGGAAUAUUUUUGUAACACAUUGUCCUUUUUGAUUAGUUUGUCAACACAUACAUAUCACACAUGCAUAAUUCUAAACAUAUGGUCCACUUAUUUGACAUUUAAUGCAGAAACUAAAAUUUUUGACCAUUUUUGCAUAUUUUUGUUAGAUGAUAUGUGUUGAUUCAAUUAAUAUUUAAAUAUGCCUUUUGGAAUUGUAGGGCAUGUAUUAGUAAUGGUUAUGGUAGUAAUAAUAGAGUUAUUAAAGAUUAAUUUGUAAAACGUCCUGAAAUCAGUUUGUACACAAAAUCCAUAUUAAAUCACGUAGUAGAUAUAUAAUUAUAGAGCUAAGUCCAAAUUAACGAACCGCACAUAACGAAAUCUACACACCAUACCCAAGUUAUGCGAAAAAUACAAUACGCUAAAAAGUAUUUUUCAACGCAAAUAAGUGUGGGUAGUCUAUUACGGUCAUAAUAUGGAGAAAAAAAAAUCAGGUUUUUAAAGUCUACAACGCACAUGUGACACCCGAACGUAGCACUGUAAUUAUAAAUCUACUUAAAUGUCAAAAAUAUGUUUAUUAUUCUUAAUUUUUUUUAAUAAUAGGCAGCUGCUAAUAUGUUUUGUAAUAUAUCAAUCAUUUAUGUAUAGAUAUGUAAAGGUUAAAAUGCUUAUGGAAAAUAAUUUUAAGUUAACUUACUUAUAUUUUAGAAUAGAAUAUUUAAUUAAUUAUAACUGCGUAUUUAACAACUAUUUUAUUUUUAGUUAAAAAUAAGUUGUAACGCUACUGGCGUUUCAGUACAUCCGCAACGUCGAGGUAAUUUAGUCGCAAUAAACCACCUGUCAGUUAAAGUAAAAUAUAUUAAGUACCAUAGAUACGCACAUAUAAACUUUUAUUUUAAACUAGUGAUCCCUAAACUAUGCCAUAUGCUGAAUUUCUUUUAAAACAUUGAAUUAAUAUGUUAUCAUUAUGGAAACUUAUUUUUGUAAAUUUUUUACUAUAUUAUUUUAUAUUAUUUUUUAUAUUUAUUAUUUUUCCACGGAAUUACAGACAAAAUUUAACCACGAAUUUUAACCUUUUGAACGCCACGCCUAUCGUACGCGGCGCGUAAUCGUGAACCUUGUCGGUACGCAUGAAGGUUGAUAUUGGGCUGUAGCCGCGCACGUCAUAUGACGUCUUUGGCGGUCAAAAGGUUAAGAACCCUUAUUAUGUACCUGUUGCAUAAUAUACUAUUUCGUAAUGUUGGUAAAAAUGUAGCCAUUUUGUUUUAGUGGUAAUGGUAACAUAUUACUUUAAUUAUUGAAGAAGUUUCUUUUUAUUUUAAGUCAUAAAUUUAAAUUCAGUUGCACUAAUAACGUAACAUAUUAAUUAUUAGUUUAAGGGUUUGUUAUUAAAAAGAUAAUACUAUUAUAAUAAUUAAUAAUUUCCUACUAAGUGGGUGAUAAUUUUAAAUGUCAGAUCUCAAUUUCUUUAUUAUAUACGAAUUUGUGUCACAGCGCUGUAGAUUUAGUGUCAUGUUUGUCAUGACAGUUUUUAAAAAUGUGAAUUUGACAAACUGUAGAUUCUGUACAUUUAAGUGACAAUAUUGUCAUGAAGUUUUUAUAAAUAUUUGGCGUAGGUUCAAGGCGGGAAUAGUGGCUCAACGCAAACGGUGGCUCAGUCGCCCAAAUAUCGCUAUACACUGUAGCACCUUUACGUGUAAGAAUAACCAUUUCUCGUCCAAUUAAAUUUGUUCAAAUAGUUUGUAGAAAUUAAAUUGAGUGAGUCACCAGCAUUGACAUAUAUCUAAGGAUAGGCCCUUACGGGCAAAAAAAUGGUACAGCUGUGUCACGCACACUAAUUCGAGCCAAUCGUGCAGACUAACGCCACAACGUGAUGGUCAAACAUAGGACUCCGCGGGGAAAAAUUGUUUGACAAGUAGGGAGUUCCUGUAUCGAUAAACUCAACUAUCGAUGCUAGUUCUAUAUACUAGUGAUCACUCAAGGAUUUGCUUGUAAAAAUAAACAAUUAUUAUUUUUACUCUUAAUAAAAACAUAUUUUUACAAGCAAACCCUUGAGUGAUCACUAGUAUCGAUAGUUGAGUUUAUCGAUACAGGAACUCCCUACUUGUCAAACAAUUUUGCCCCACGGAUUCCUAUGUCUGGUGAUGGUAGAUGAGUUCACAUCACGCGCGCGAUUGGUCGCAACUAGUUGCGUUAGACUGCACGAUUGGCUGAGAUUCGUGAGUGACACCGCUCAACUAGCACCAUCUUAGUGCCCGUAAGACCCGUCCUUAGAUACAUGUAGGCCACCGGCUAUUUUUCCCCGAGCCACUGUCCCCUACGCUACCCUACAUUGUAAAUUUUGGUUGAAAUUUCUUGUUAAGGAGAAAAUGUUUGAAACUUUAAUAGUUGUUUUUUUGAAAUGGCUGUCGGUGGUUGACCAAAGGAAGGGAUAGUAUAUGUGAAUAAAUGUAUGUAUAUUUGAUAUUAUCAUAUAAUUGUAAUAAAUGUGCUUGUUUCAAUUAA